AUGCAAGGGCCCAUCGAACGGGAGAGAGAUCAACCUAACAAAGGGCGCCUUCAACGCCUCGCGGCCCUCGACGCCAAGCACGACGGCCUGCUCUGCUACACCGAAAUGGCCGGGGAGCUCAUGAGCCUCGGUGUCCUUGAGAAGCACUUCGGUGUGGACGAGGCCGGCGGCGUUGGUCCUGACGAGCUCGCGAAGCUCUACCGCGGCCUGUUCGCACGCUUCGACCACGACGGCAACGGCACAGUGGACCGCGAGGAGUUCCGGGCGGAGAUGAAGGAGGUCAUGCUCGCCGUGGCCAACGGGCUCGAGUUCCUGCCGGUGCAGAUGGUCGUGGAGGAAGGGAGCUUUCUCAAGGUGGCGGUGGACAGGGAGCUGGCCAGAGCUACGUGA